UGGCGGCGGGGUUGUUUUAUACUGAGGGUUGAGACAACAAAUGAUGGAGGCGUCGACAGUGGGGGCUAAACCAAACCGGGUUGGCUGUGUGAGCGCUCUGAAUCAGUAGCAUUCAUAAUAACAAUGAAAAAAAACUACAAUUUUGGUUAUUAUAUUUAAGUUAGUAGGAGAAGAACCGUUGUGCGGAAUCAGAUAUCCGGCUGUUCUCGGAGACAAAGCUUGAAACCGCGUCGCAUCCUUCCGUGUUAUUGUCGGACCGGGCCCGCCCAUACUCCAGAGCAUCAGUAGGAAACCUAUUACCCGGUUAUACAAAACAGACAAUACACCACACAUCACACCGGAGGCAGGCUUCUUUGAAAUGCCAGGGUCCAGCCAGCCUGAUGUGGAUAACGAGGAGACAGCGCUUCAUUGUGCCAUUGAAUUGCCAAUAGCGCCACGGAUGCUACAAAAUAACCAACUGUAAUAUUAGAUACCGACAAAUCCCACCGCCUAUUAUGGACUUCCCAGGUCAUUUCCAGCAUAUUUUCAAGCAGCUCAACCACCAGCGCCUCCAUGCUCAGCUGUGUGACUGUGUGGUGGUGGUUGGAGGCCAGAGCUUCCAGGCUCACCGUUCCAUCCUGGCAGCAUGCAGCUCCCACUUCAGAGCUCUCCUGAGCUCCAGUGACAGCGGUGAUGAGGUUGGAGGACCGGGAGCAGACAUAGGUGGAGGUGGGGGCCCCAGUGUGAUUGAGCUAGAUCCAGAGGUGGUGACCCCAGAGGCCUUCUCAACCUUGCUGGACAUGAUUUACACCUCCACCCUCUCUCCAGGGGCCUCCAAUGUGAUGGAUGUGCUGCUGGCGGCAUCACACCUGCACCUUAACACUGUUGUGAAGGCCUGCAAGCUCCACCUGUCCAGGAAAAACUUUCCUGCCUCGCCCCCAAAAGGCUGGAGGUCAGUGCAACAACAGCAACAGGGUCAAUCGUCCGGGGCGGAGAGGCCGGCCUUGCUUCAACAGGUCACAUCUGUCAUGGAGGAGGACGUCGAUGAGGAAGACGUGGUAGUGGAGGUUAGUCAGUCUGGUGGGGUUGAAGAGCAGGGGGUGAGGAGGAGGGAAGUCAGUGGGGAGCAGAGUGCUGCACAGUUUUUGAGGCACAAGAGGAAGUCAAAUGAGGACAGGCUCAGUGGCAGAAAGAGGCCCUGCAGGCUGCCUGAGGGAAACUAUAAGGAGUGUUCAUCUACUGUAGCCAGAAGCGCCGUCAGUACAGAGGAGGGUGGAGAGGAGCUGCUGUCCCCGGACUGCCUGAAGACGACCGACGGACUCUGGGUGAGCCGAGGCGAGGACGAGGUGGAAAAGAAAUACGAAGCAACCAAGGGAGAGUCCGAAGAGAUCCAGCUGCCGAGCCAAUCAGACAGCAGCGCAGGAGGUGUAGGUGCGUGGGAGAAGGGCGGAGAUCCAGAUGAAGACACUGUGGUCAAAGUAAAGGUGGGAGAAGAAGGGGAGGAAGAGGGAGAGGAGCCAAAGAUGGCGAUGGUUGAGGUGAAAAAGGAAAAUCUGAGCUCAUACUCCCCAGAUUUACCAAACAAUUCUCUAUCUCCACCACAAGACUGCACAGACAAUUUGGAUGCUCAACUAAAUGAAGAGAAAAUGGCCACAGCCUGCCCAACAGAGGGUGAUGUUAGCUCUUUGCAAUCACAGCUGUGCACAGAUGUACAAACUGAUGCACAGAGAGAGGCUGGAGAUUUGGGUGAGGAGUCAGUAGACUGCGAAGGCCUUGACAGCCUGUCAGAGCUUGCUUUCUCCUGCUUCCUCAAUCCCAGCAGUGAGAGUGUAAUGGGAGCUUUGGAGGAAGAAGACAGCCUAGCUAGCCUCACUGCUGCUGCUACUGCUGCUGCCGCUGCUGCCAGUGAUGCUCCUGCAGCUGCUGGAGAUCCUGGCCAACUGUAUCAAAACUCAGGAGAAGCCUCUUCUGCUCACUCCUCUGAUUCCUCACUAGUUUUUCCAGUAACAUCUGUCCCCUUGCAGCAGCUUCUCCCAACUCAGGGCCCUGGUUUCAGUGACACACUCAUCCUCCAGCCCACCCAGAACUCUUUAGCAGGUUUCCUGAGUGGCAUCAGACCAGGCCUCGGUCUGGAAACCUCCCUCAUCCAACCCCCCAGGGCCGGGAAAAGUUCAGGGGCAACGACCUUCCGUCGGAUCGCCCCCAAAGUGCCGCCUGGAUCAGAUCAGUCCUCUUCUUCAUCGGCGGGGGAUGCUGCCGAACGGCCGUCUCUAACCAGAGCUUCAGAGGAUGUUAUGUCCAAGUGCAAGAAAGCAGCUGCUGAAGACCAUGUUCUGUUGGUGGAAGGGGAGAAGAAAUACGCCUGCAAAAUCUGCUGUAAGACCUUCAUGAACCUGACUGACUGUAAGAAACAUAUUCGCGUCCACACAGGAGAAAAGCCCUACCCCUGUCCAAAGUGUGGCAAACGCUUCAGCCAGUCCUCCCACCUGUAUAAGCACUCAAAAAACACCUGCCUGCACUGGAAAGACGAUCAGUUAUUCCCAGAUACCCUGCUGUGACCUCCAUUUACCUGAAAGGCGCUUGUUGAGUCGCACAACUCAACACAAUUCUUUGAAAAAAAUGCACUCUGUAAACUUGAUUAUUUAUUAGCCCAUACACUUCCUGAAUCAAUUUUGGCUUUAUGUUACAUGAAUUCAAAGUCAAUAAGCUCAUGUAAUUGUUAUGCUUUUUCAUGUUCUCAACCAUGUGGUGAUUUUAAGAAAUCAAAUUCAUGAAAUGAAACGGAUACAAUUUUGCCAAACUGAUGUGAAUGCACUGAAAAUAUUCUCUUGUUUUUUUGACUGCUGUGUAAGAGGGAUGAGAAUAAAUUAUGCUUACUAGUUUUUAUUGAUCUUAAAUUGA